AUUUGAAUCAAACAUCCUCAACAUCCUAGCAUAUGUGCAGUUCACAUUGAUUUGCAGAAGAGUUCUACAUAUCUUUGACAUUAACACUUUAUGCACACUAUUGUACGUGAUCGUAAACAAGGAAGUAAUGAUCUUAGUUACAAAAACCAAAAUAAUUGAGUUUUUGGUGGGUAGAAAGCAACCAGGAUUUGAUCCAGAAAACUGAAUUCUCUACCUGCAUAACCCGGCAUUUGUCAAUAUGACAUGGAGAUUCUUAUAGUCAUAUCUAAAGAUAAGAGACAUGCAUGAAGCUGAUAGUUGUAAAAACCUGUUGAUUAGGCCAGCAUUUGAAUAGUCAGGAAGCAUGAAGAACUUUGAAUCGAAUACCAGUUAUCAAUAAUGGUUCUGGGAAGGACAUGCUCAUAAACAAACAUAACGUGUUUUCAAGGCCAAGUAACAAUCAACAUACUGCAUUUGCCUAAUUCAAAAUCGUAGUGGGUAGUUUUUGCUACAUUUUAACUUUGAAAAGAAUUGCUGUUUUAUUUUGAGCGAGGUUUACAUUAAACGAAAUGUAUUCAUGAAUAUGCGCUGUCUUCUAUUCACUAGCUGGGAAAUCACUUCUCAUAUGUUCACAGUUAAAUGAAAGGCGAAAAAGAUGGCUUUAAAGCUCAAAUUAUUGGUCUGGGUAGCAGUCAUUGUUUCAAAUUGUUAUUCAGCAGAUAUACAACCUGUUACGGACGAUAUAGAUGAGAAAAUUGAGGCAUUUCGACCAGUUUAUUUCUCACCGCGAUAUUAUAACGUGAAAAGAUCUUAUAUUUAUCCGCAAUAUGACAUCGAAAAAUUCAGUUUGGUUCCAGAAGAAGGAAACGACGAGAAAAGAGACUCGAUAAAGGGGCCUAGCAUAAACCCUGUAAUUGAAAAUGUUGAUAAUGAGUAUGGAGCGGAAAAUGUUGACGAAAAUGGCUCUUACUUAGGGUUGAAGCCAGAAAAUUUAGUGGAAGAGACAGGGAAGAAGUUUUCAACCAUAGCCAAAGAAAAUGAGCCAAAGACAACAAGGAGACACAAAAAAAUAAGUGAAAAGGAAAAGGAGGCAAUUUCAGCAGGUUUGAUUAAAUUAUUGUACGAUUGGAAAUUACGUAAAGAGCAUAAGAAUGCAGGCAGUGGAAGCGGAGAAAGCUUAAAAGAGAACAAGGAAGAAUUGAAAGAAGAAAAGAAACACGAAGAGUCGACAAAAGGAGAAGGAAAGGACGACGUUGAUCAAAUCAAAGAAAGCCAUGCGAAUGAUAACGAAGUUCCAGUGCAGAAGACAGCUGGUGCAUAUGAAACGGGCAUAAAUGAUCCACUGAAGGAAAAGAAAAUCAAAAGCAAAAAUGUUGAAGACGACGAACAACUAGUAGACACAAAAGAAGAAGUAGACAAGGAUGAAGAAGAGGAAAAUCAGGACCAAAGCAGCGGGGAAAUAAAAGCAACCAAAAGAAAAGGAAAGAUAAGUGUCCUUGUCAAUGUUAAUAUAAAUGAACGGUCAUUGAGGUCAAAAGUCUCUCGUGCAGGCAAAAAACGAUUGAAACAAAAAUCGAGGAACACUGUGCGAAUUCUUAAUAAAGAAAAUGAGACAUCGAAAGAGAAAGAUGAUUAUUAUGAUGACGGCGAUGGCGACGAUGACGACGAGGCUGAUGAAGACGAUGACGAAGGCUCAACUGAACAACUGACCAAUUCAUCGUCAGCAACAGCAGUAGAAAACAAUACCAAUCAGACUGCUUACAGUUACGCACAACCGACCUAUCAGUAUAGCGCACCUGCAUCCCCGCAAACUGCGUGGACAGCUAGAUCAUCCCAAACAGGAAGCUCUAGUCAACAAAAUAAUGCGUAUUAUGGAUAUCAGAAUCCUAAUCCAUAUCAAUAUACAAACAAUUAUAUAGCAACAACCACAGCAAAGGCGUCAACAACAAAAGCGUCAACUCUACAUGCAUCAACAGCAUAUGCAUCAACAGCACAAGCAUCAACAGCAGGCACAACAGCAGCAGUAACGACAUCAUCAAGAACAACAACGGAAGGACCAACUGAAAAAAGUUACAAAACACCAGUAGCAACAUCGAAACCGGAAGAAGACGACGAAGAGGAUUCUUCUGGUGAAAAGGAAUACAAUUUCUUGGAACAACGAAUACAGGAAGAAGGAGCGAAGGAUCUGAAGAAAAAGAAAAAGAAACACGUCAAAGUUAAGCCUGCCAAGUUGGUGACUGUGCCGAGCAAGCAACGCAAUGCACAGAUCUACCUGCCUGGGUCUAUGCAAACUGUUACCGAGAAGCACGAGGAGGAAACGAAACCCAAAGGGCAAGAAAAGGAAAAGUUAGACGAAGACGAAGAGGAGCAUGGAUCCAUUGAGGACGAAACAUCAGAAGAGCAGGAAGAUGAGAGUAAAGCCACGAAAAUCGAUUUGCCAAAAAAGCAAAGAAAAGUGAGGAAACAUAAGCGUAAAAAGCCCGCCUAUUCAGAAACGGAAACAUUCCAACAAAAUAGUGGCAAAGAUGAAAAGUCAACAGCUGUGCCAAAAUACUCAAAGCCAAAAGACAACCCUAUACAGGUAACGAACCAAGUGGUUGAGACCUCGAACAGACCUCUGCAAGCAACCAAGGUUACAGAAGACAGUACUUCUCACACUGACAUGAAGAAAGCAGAAAAAUUUGGCAGUGCUAAAAAUCUAAAAGAUGAACCAGUGGAGAAAGUCGAAAAGUUUGGGAGCUUACAGAAGGAGGGUACAGAUUUUGCUAGACCAUUGAAGGCAACUGAGGGAAGUGGAGAAAAAGUUCAUUUUGUCAAAGUACAUGAUGCAGAAAUCAAAUUAUUAAAAGAGCAUAGAGCAAAAAUUCAAUCUUCAGAGCCUAUUGUCAUUGAUGACAUAAAGAAGAAGAACGAGAAACCAAAGCAAAAUCCAGUAGAAGCCAUUGAACAGCACACAUCAAAGAAAAAGACGACACAUAAAAAUGUAAAGCAGGGCCUAGCUGACGAGGAGCAGGUUGAAGCAAAACCAACAACAAAACGUAAUUACAUCACACCGGUGAAACCAGAGGUAGUUGCACCACCCGGCGAGAAGAUAGUUGAUAAGAGAAAACAAACAUCUAAAGAAGGCGAAAAGACGAAAACGAAACCAGUUGAAAGAAAAACGAUUGCCGAGGAAGCCGAAGGAUCUGGGAACUUUGAAAAGAAAAAGUAUGGGUCACUAAAAUCGGUGCGUCAGAGAUUUAAAGAGUGGGAAAAAGAAAUGAUUGCGAAGCUGUCUAACCCGUAUCUAAAGGUGCUUGAAAAUGAUGAAGGAUCGGGCGAGGACAACGAGAAAACUUUUAAAUCAUGGAGUGAAGAAGAAAAAGAUCUGAUAUCCAAAUUAGCUAACCCAUUUUUGCACUCAGGCAACAGCAACAAACCAAGUAAAACGGCCGAGAAGGGAGCACUGAAAACAGAGAAAAUGCAAAGUAAAAAUGACAGCGAGAAAAAGAAAAAUCAAAGCGAGAUCGUUAGUCUGGUGAAAGAACAUUUGACGACCAACGCCAAAGAUGAGAAGUCAACAGCAAAGCCUCAAGUUGACCACGAAACAUCAUCAGAGUUGCCAGUGCAGAAGAACAAAGACGAAGCGGUAAAUACGUCAAAAACAGAGGAGAACAUGCACGAGACGAAAAUUCAAUCUUUUGUGCCGGAAGAAGAAAAAAAAGUUGAUUUGCACGAAUCAAUUGAUGGGAAAGAUGUUGAUGUAAACGAACUUGAAAAAUUUAAAAGUCAGAUAAUUACAGAGGUCGGGAAGAUAAACAAACUGCAAGAGCAGUACAAGAAGAAGUUGGUAGGGUCGGAGGAACUCAAGAAUGCAAAAAACACAUUGAAAAAGGAUUUAAAAUUCAUCAAAGAUAUCGAGUUAAAACUGACAAAUGGAAUAAAGAAUGGAACAGAAACCAAAGAUGAUUCAAAAAAGGAGAAAACACAAAAAGAGGAAAAGGAGAAAACACAAAAAGAGGAAAAGGAUUCGAAAGAUGAAAAGGAAGCCAAGAAAAAAAUGACUGAAGCAAUUAAAAAGGCUGGCAAGGAAAGCCACGAUCCUUUGGUAAAAAUUCAGAGUCUGCUUAAAGAAGAAAUGCAUAGAACAAAGAACAAAAAGAAGGGAAAAGACAAGCAGCUGGAUAAUAUAAGGGGGCUUUUGAAGCAGGAACUCAAGAAUUUGAUAAAGUCGGGAAAAUUAGGUUCUCAGGGUGAUUUGCCAUCCGGAUUGCAGAAACUCGGGAAAAUGAUUCAACAAAAGUUGAAGUCGGCUAAAAAGAAAAAAAGUAAAAAGAAGAAGACAAAGAAAGGAGAAAAACAAGUGAAAGGGAAAGAACUAAAGAACUCAUUGGAUUUUAUAAAAGAGUUUAAACCAACAGUACCAGGAUCAAGUCGCGGUCACAUAACUACAAUGAGCAGAUUUAAGGCCGCUAGGGAGGCGCUCAAAGCAUUAAAAGAGCAACAGGCCGAGGCAGAGAGACUGGCAGUAACAACGAACUCAAAUAGCUCGACUUCGGAAAAUGCAACCGGGGCAAUCAACACUCACCAUGCAUCGCCGACUAAACCCCACGUUCUGCUGCCAGCCAAUUUACCAACGGGUCACCAGGCUGAGAAGUUUAAGGAGCUCUUGAAAAACUUGAACAAGAAAAUUGGAGAGGUCUACACGAAGCUUCAGAUCUCUGGAGCAGGGCAGCAGUCGAACAACAAUAACCAAAACAAUAACAAUAACCAACAACAACAACAGCAGCAGCAGCAGCAACAAACUCAACAACAGGCAUUUAGUAACGACUGGGCUCAAGCUGGAAUGACGGGCAGUAAUAACCAGCAACCUGCAACCGCUGAAUACGGGGCUCCUGCACAAAGCCCGAUCAACAAUUACAACGCUGGCACCCAAGAUGCAACACCAAUGGCCAACUCUUACAUUGACCCCCAAGCAAAACACGAGAUGCCAUCCGGACCUGUUGAUUACGAGCCACCAGAACCGGAUACGGUUUUAGCAGAAAGUGAGCCGGUCGAAUCGUUAAUCGAGAAUCUAGAGAAGGAUAUCACAGAGGUUUGGUCGUUCAAAGAACAGUAUUCGAACGCAGCAUCUCUAGGACUUGACAAUGACAAAAUUCACAGUACGUACGCAAACCUUGGUUCUCUUUCGGGACUAAAUCUACGGAGAUCACUUGACAGGGCUUUAAGAGGCAAAGACGUCGGAUUAGUUAUUGUAGGAGGCUCGAUUUCGAAAGGAGGCCCAUUUAGCGAGAAAGGCGUGGAUUACGCUUUGAAAACCUAUUUCUAUGCAAUAGCUGAUUGGUGGAACAAAAUAAUUCGACCUGUCACUGGUUCUUCGAUGAUAAUACGGGAUGUUUCAAUUGGAGGAAUAGCCACUGACUAUUAUUCGUAUUGCCUGCGCACGCAUUUACCUGAUGACCGAAUGACCAACAUUGUAUUGUGGGAGUUGAGCGCAAACGACAUGCACAGGUACGACGAGACCCUGAAACCAAGGCAACAAUCGCUGGAGCAGUUCACUCAGGAUGUGCUUAGUUACAAAGCAAAACCAGCACUGAUUUUCCUGAAUUUCUUCGCACUCUUUUCAUGGGACAAAGAUCUUGCUACACACUGCCGAAAUUUCGAGGAUGAAGGUGAGAGUGACAUUGCAAAGCAUUACAAAAUUACGUCACUUAGCUGGAGGGAUAUGGUCUGUUCACUGAUGCAGCGCAAUGAGCCACUGUUUACACGAGAUGAGCUGUUUUCUGAGGACCAGUUCCAUCCAAGCAUAGAGGCACAUGCUCAAAUGGCCUAUGUCGUGAUCGAUUACAUCCGAACAGAGUUCCUGAAAAGCCUUGUCAAGCAAAGGUUUUUGGAAAUCGGCGACGCCGCACGCAAACUCAAAAUUCCGGAAACAGUCUAUGUGCCAAAACCAAUCUACCAGCAGACAUUCACGUGGAAGCCUUUGUGCUACACGUACAUGCUAGUCGAUAAUAAAAUCCCAAACAACACGUUGUCGGUGAAAGAGGAAACCAAUGGAGAUUUCCAUUACACAGUUCUACGUGAAUUCAAAGUCCGGUCAGACAAGAUAAUUGGAAUGGAUACGAAAAAAUCCGACCAGUAUAUUACAUAUGAAAUAACUGUUCCACCACAUCCAGGUGGCAGCACAGUGCCAUACAAGAAACUCGCGAUUAUGUCAUUCACAGAUGACCGUCAAGCGGAAGUAAAAUUUGAUAACUCACCAAUUCAGAAGAUUGACGCUGCCAAGAAAUUCUUGGAAGGAACGGUCUUGAAAUAUGUCGCAACAGAUGUGGUACCGGGAAACCAUAAAUUGAUGAUUCGAUCAGGGCCCAAUGGGUUUGUUAUUUCAGCUAUUAUGCUUGGCUAGAUGUAUAACGCAUAGGGCAACAGAAACUGAAACAUUUAGAGCUACCCUGAAAAAGGAACUGACUUUAUACCAGUUCGAUAUAAUCCAUCGAACAUUCCUUGAUUAAAAAAGAAAACACUAAAUUGCGCCACCGCAAUGUAGUUUAACAAAGCUUUUUGAGCAAGUUCAGAAAGCAGUUGGUGUCUCCUUGCCUGUUCAUUAAAAACACUCCGCUAAUGACUGGUUAACCUAAGAUAUAAUGCGGUUAUAUCAUUAAUAAAAUAUCAUUUUUUUGAAGGGUGACACAAGUAACUCCAAAUAGACCCAGAUCAACUUUUAACCACAUCCUAAAGUUAGGGAAGAAGGAAGAGGGUAUAUUAUUCACGGCCACGUAACAGAUUUAAACAAAAGCAAUGUAAUAAAAUUCGUUUAGAAUAAAUCUGGCUGCUCAACUUUCCUUGUUUGGGGUAGUUUUUACUUGAUUGAUUACCCUAUAAUUUAUCACCAAUAAUAUUAACAUUGAUUUAAAUUAUUAAAACUAGGACUGCCUUAAAGGUAUUUUAGGAGAUGGUAGAUUUUAGAGAAUGACGAGAGCCGUUUUCAAGGAAGAGAAUUUGUUUAUUUCCGAUGUAAAAACCCAGAUAUUGAAAACCAUACACAAAGUAUUUAUUUAUUUGUAAAGUGGAAUAAAAACAAAAAUCCAAACUCUGCUGAUUACGGCUGAAAGUAGACGACAGUUUGGAUCAAAAUGCUUUCAAGAUUCGUGGAUAAAAGUUAAUAUAAAAAAAUUGAUGGCUUUUAUUGGAUAUGUAAAAUGAGAAAAGAAGUCUCCAGUUUCACUUCACUGCCCGAAAUUAAUUACUCAUCGUGUUUAGAGUCCUUCUUCUUUUUCUUCUUUUUCUUUUUCUCUCCCCCUUCUUCAUCCUCCUAAAACGAGAAAAUAGUUAAACCAUUAGAGAUACAAAAGACACUUCCUUAGUUUUUAUCUCAGUCAUUCAGUACCAGGGCUCAUGUUUUGUUUAAGAUCAAAGUAUUAGCUAACCUUACAACUAAACACUGGUCGAUUGGGACCAAGGAGCCUGGUGACUGCUAUUCCUUUGCCUUUUCUCUCUACGCUCUAACACCCCCUCCCCUUCGCCAACCCUGCUUGCAGGCGUCCCUGAUUGGACUUCAAACCCAUCAUGCAGGCCAAUUGGCGCACUUUUGUCGAAGGAUGAAACAAAAUCGCUUCAUAGAAAAAUUGAGCUCUUCUUAGACGCAAAAACAAACAAAUUGAAAAUUCGAAAAAUUUAUUAUCUAGUCUUGAAACUAUCCAAAGGAGCUUCAGUCCUGAAAUAUUCCAUUUAGGAAGUUGAUUUUGAUAAAAUUUAUUCGUUUGAGGAUUUAAUAGUAUCUUUGCAAUAACAAAUAAUAGUACCCGGCUAUACUUGGUAAAACAUUGUCAGAAUUACCAUCAUAUUUGACUGACUCGUUAAUCAGCUUAAAAUUAUUAAUUGAUAUAUAGUUUGUAAAGCAUUCUAAUAUUGGAAAAAGUUAGCUGAAUUCUGUUAAUUAAACGGCAUUGUUGAAAAUCAAUAAA